AUGAAGACGCACACACUGCACAGUCAGCGUGCUGCUUGGUCUUACGGGAGGGUGGAAUAUUUGUGUGCCAUAGCAAUUUGGGAUUUAGUUCUCAUCUUUUGUUGUCAGAGUUUUAAUUGUGUUCAUGGAUUAGCCUUUCAUGAUAACAUGUUAAAAGUUUUAGUUUCGUUUUUUAUUAAAUGGUACAGCCAGUUGAGGGCGCAACAAUUACUCUCACGAAUCGGAAUAUCAGUGCAGGGAGAAUCUAUGUUGAAUAUGCAUGCUCAUUAG